UUGCAGAUAUACUCUCUCACUUUCUCGCUCACACAUAACGCAGACUCCUCCUUCCUCUGCUCCUCUCUCCUCCUCUCUGUUGGCCCUUUGACUCCUGGACGGGACGCUAUAACAGUAACAGGGACAGGCGGUGGAUGGGGAAGGGCAGCAGCGGCAGCAGCAGCAGUAGUUGGACGCACCGACCGAAGCAUGCUCCAGCGCAGCCAUGACUUGCUCGGCGUCAGAUAGCGAGAAGAUCGUGAUCAACUGCGGCGGGAUCCGACACGAGACUUACCGGAGCACUCUAAAGACGCUGCCGGGGACGCGCUUGUCUUGGCUGACCGAGCCCGACGCCUACAGCAACUUCGAUUACGAUCCCAAGUCCGACGAGUUCUUCUUCGACCGCCACCCGGCCACGUUCGCAUUCAUCCUCAACUACUACCGCACCGGCAAGCUCCACUGCCCCAACGAUGUGUGCGGGCCGCUCUUCGAGGAGGAGCUCGCUUUCUGGGGCAUUGAUGAGACGGAUGUGGAGGCGUGCUGCUGGAUGAACUAUCGGCAGCAUCGCGACGCCGAAGAAGCCCUGGACAGCUUCGAGACCCCCGAGCCGGACGCACCCGAGGAUGACCCGGCGCUCACCGGCGGAGCGGACGGCGACCUGAAGCGGCUGUGCAUGCAGGAGGACGGCCGCAGGGCGACGUGGUGGGAGGUGUGGCAGCCCAAUAUGUGGGCGCUGUUCGAGGACCCCUACUCCUCCAAAUACGCUCGGUAUGUGGCGUUUGGCUCGCUCUUCUUCAUUCUUCUCUCAAUCUCUACCUUCUGCCUGGAGACCCAUGAAGCUUUCAACACUAUCUAUAACAAGACGGAGAAUGUCACCGUUGGGAAUACAACACAUGAGGAGAUAGUGUUUGAGGUAGUCACAGAUGGCUGGCUGACAUAUGUGGAGGGUGUCUGCGUCAUUUGGUUUACCAUUGAGGUGAUGCUGCGGGUCAUCUUCUGCCCUGACAAGGCAGAGUUCUUCCGCAGCACCCUGAACAUCAUAGACUUUGUGGCCAUCGUGCCCUUUUACCUGGAGGUGGCGCUGAGCGGUCUAUCCUCCAAAACAGCCAAAGACGUGCUGAGCUUCCUGCGUGUGGUGCGCUUUGUCCGUAUCUUGCGUAUAUUCAAGCUGACUCGCCACUUUGUCGGUUUACGGGUCCUGGGCCACACUCUGCGGGCGAGCACCAACGAGUUCCUGUUGCUUAUCAUCUUCCUGGCGCUGGGCGUCCUCAUCUUUGCUACCAUGAUCUACUACGCCGAACGUAUCGGUGCAGACCCAGACGAUCCGACGGCUGCGGCCCACACCAACUUCAAGAACAUCCCCAUCGGCUUCUGGUGGGCUGUGGUGACCAUGACCACGCUGGGCUAUGGGGAUAUGUACCCUGAGACAUGGUCGGGAAUGUUGGUGGGUGCUCUCUGCGCCUUGGCUGGUGUGCUGACCAUCGCCAUGCCUGUGCCCGUCAUCGUCAACAACUUUGGCAUGUACUACUCCCUUGCCAUGGCCAAGCAGAAACUACCCAAGAAGAGGAACAAGCACAUCCCCCGAGCACCACAGCCAGGCAGCCCCAACUACUGCAAGCCAGAUGCCCUGGCCAUGGCAACUGCCUCACCACACAGGCUGAUGGGUAAUGUUCUCGGGCCUGGCAUGGUGGGAUCUGGCAGCAUGAUGGGAACUGGAGACUGCCCACUGGCACAGGAAGAGAUUAUCGAGAUCAACAGGGCAGAUUCCAAGCAGAAUGGAGACGCAGCAACCAAUGCGGCGGCCCUGGCCAAUGAGGACUGCCCAACUAUAGACCAGGUCCUCGGGGACGAGCGUAGCCCGGCCACCGGGGGCCUUGGCUCCACCACCAGCCGUGAGCGCUACCCACAUGACCGGGCUUGUUUCUUGCUGAGCGCCGGGGAGUUCCAGCGCACAACAGACGGGAACGUUCGGAAAGUGCUGAGUUUCUAAAUCCCAGUAUGUCUACAAGAAGAGGGAAAAAACGUUACACUGCUGCUCCUCCAUCACCCAACGGGAUUCACUGUAGAAAAUGGGAGGGAGACAGAGAGGAAGAGAAAAAAAGAAGAUGAGAGGUAGAAAUCAUCAGCGUCACUGACACUCUGACCUGAACAUUUUCAUCAUCUGUGUGACACAUUCAUAUGCAAUCUCGCUGACGAUCCCAAUGAAGAUAAUGCUUAUGAUCAAAUGUAAGCCAUUUUAAGAUGGGAAAGAAAACAUUUCCACGUCUUUUGAACUGAUUUUCAGAGCAAACAACAGCAUGGAUGCUCCCAGCGUAGCAGCCAGAGGGCCUAUGACGUACUUGGAUUUGGAAACCGUGCGACAAGGAAUGCCGUCUUUUUCCACACUGUAAUUUAGAUGUGUUUUUGUUUUACUGACCACUAUUUCGAGAAGUUUCAUUUCAACAAAUUGCAUUCAAAACUAUUGAUUCCAUUGUUCCAUUAUUUCAAAGCACUAUGCAAGGUGAGGGGUGGUCCAAUGUGAUGUCUAACCGCUCCGGCAGAGUCUGAUUCAGUGUUGCCGCUGGGCUGCACAGGCUGAGCUGCCCUGCUAAUCUCUGCUGAGCUACAGGACAUCUAACAGCAGGCUGAAAUCUACUCAUACAUAUCAGAAAACAUCAGACAUCAUAUUACAUGAUUAUUUGAAACAAGUAUAUUUGAUAUCACCUGAAUAUUCUGGGAGACAGUUGACAGACUGGGACUUCAAAUUCAACUGAUCAUUUUAGAUACUGAGAUAUCAGCAAAUGUCAGAGAGCCAGACAGACAAAUGGGUGGAUGUACCAGUUGGUGUGAACAGACCCCCUCAAAGACAGGACACUGGCCCUAACAUUUGCUUAACAAAAGGUGUCACUGAACAUGAAGAUAUGAUUGAGCCUCUUCCUUUCUUUCUCACCCUCUCUUUCCCUCUCAAGUCUUUACAGUAUCUUAACCGCCUUCUACCAUGCACCUCAGCAUCCCUGCUGCCCCUCCUCUUUAGCAAAACUGCAUGGCAUGAAUGAAACUAAUUAAAUCGGAAAAAAAGACAGUCAAAGACACAACGGAUGGAUUAAAAAAAUGGAGGAGAGAGACCAUAGAUUUUUCACCCAGCAAUGUCAAUGCAAAGUCAUCACAAUCAUUUAAGCUACUUUUUAACCUCCCGGACUGGCUGCUAAUAUGUGCAUCUCCUGCAGCAAGCUGCUCUCUCAGAAGGCAUGAUGGAUGAGGAGGAACUCCCUCCUCCUCUGAGGAAAAGAGGGAGGGGGGAAGGAAAUUCUGCAGACCAUACGCUCUAUACCUCUGGGGAUGUUGGGCAAGAAGAAAGAGGUUUUUUAAAGAAAGCAUGUAUUCAGCAGAAACUGGAGAACAUCUUUGAGAAACUAUUCUAGGGACAAAAAUAUGGCAGCGAUUGCAAAUUAGAAAAGCAUUUUUCUAACAUUGUUUACCAGCAUGAAUAUUCUGCAUGACUUCUGCAAGCCAUUCUGAUUUCCCCCAUGAAUAACAGGGCUAGAAAUUGAGAAUUUAAACAUGGAAAUUUAACAAGAAUUAUGUUAUAUGCAACAAAUAAAAAAAUGUUUUUAAUGACAAAUAAUUAAGAAAAAAUGUUGCAACAUCUACCCGGUUAUGUUUUCUUUAAGAAAUCUUAGGAGAUCCCCACCCCUCUAAAAUCCAAGAUGACUCUUCCCAACUUCUGCAAGUACUUAUUCUGCUACUACAAGUUUGUCUACUUCUACUACUACUACUACUUCUCACCUGGCCGCUACUCUGCAUUUUCUUCCUCCUCCUCCUCCUUUUCUUCCGCUUCUUCUCUUUCUUCUUCCUCUGGUAACCUUUUACCAGAACCCUUGUUUUUUGUAACACUCUCUAAUGGCAGCUGUGUGUGUGUGUCUGUCUGUGCUACAAACUGGACCUAGGACUAUCGUAGAGAUGUUGAAUUGAACUGUGCUGCCCACAACGAGAUGUCAUUGAUUUUGUGUAUCUGAAAUGACAUUGUCUGUUAUUUUCCUUGGAACUAUCUAAGGAACACCACACCUUCGAGGUUAGAAACGUCAUCUGAAGUCUGGGGUCAAGAAUAAGACAGGAUAAGGUACAGAUUAAGUUUUUUUUACCCACACAGAGAUCCAGGAAAGUCUGUUUACUUCCUCGAGUGAAGAUAAAGAUGGCUGCCUCAUCAUUCAGGACUGUAUCCACUAACUUUGAUUUACGUCUGAUGAGAAUGUAUUGUUUUUUUUCCGGGAUGGGAUGUAGUUACAUGCACACUCCCAAGCUUCUCUCUGAGUACAUGGACUACACCACAGCUAACGAAAUGCAGUCCACUUACACCACAAAACAACCGGCUCCCAGCAGGACACAGACUCCAUCACAAACGGCCAAAUAAACUCUGACAUAAACUCCAUGUAAGGAUAAAAAACAAAGAUAAAGUUUUAUGUGCUGAAGCCCGUCAAGCCAAACCAGAAUAAAAUGAUGUCGGGUGAAAACAGUCAACAUCAGAAAGGCUGAUUGUUCGCUCGCUGGCUAAUGCCGACCAGUUGCUAAUGUUAUCCGGUGCAAUACACUAUAGUGAUAUAAAUUACUAUUCUGUGUACCACCAGAAUUAUGUCAAAGUGUAACAUACAAAGCAAAUGUGGAUGUUUAGACUACCCUAUACUGAUGAAAGGCAGUGCAGCCAGCUAACAUUACAUUAGCAUGGAUCAACCGCUGUUUGCAUCAUAACAUUCAAUUUAGAGUUAUUAUUGUUGUACCGAUACUCAGGUACACAGCUUCUUCCCCAUCUCAGUCGCUGUAACUAACGUGACCCACAUAAUAUACAAUAAUGCAACAUAACGGCACAGGACAACACCACAGUGGAAGACCCACCCAUUCUCUACAGUAACGUUACUUACUGCAGUCUCAUUGUUAUAAACAUCUUUUUCAUCAUUUAUAAAAUUCAGUCUAGCUUGACCAUUUCAUUAUCCUCCAAUACAUUUUGGCUGUGCUGACAUUGCUGAGGCUCCGGUGGAAGAGACACAAAUAACGCUGGUUACUGAAAAGCAGCAGGCGAACUAACGCCGAUUUUUCAUGACGGCUAAAUGGAUUAAAUGUAACAUUAUAAUGAAUCCAGCAUGGAUUAGUUCAACCUCAAGCUGAUAAAAUUAUUAUUGUAAUGUUGCAGUGGGAGUUUACCUGAGUUUCCAACAAGUUGUGUGACACUGUCUCCCGGUGUGUUUGUAUAUAGCCUUUUUUUCCCGGAAGAAUUGUGCCAAUAUGCUGGCUCGCUGCGCUGUAGGCAAGGUAUGGAGCCAGUGUUUAUCUACCUCUGAGUCGGGAACAUUAGUAAUAGCAAUGCCGGAACAUGUCUGUGAGAAAAGCCAGAGCCGGCAUGCCGGUUAA